ACAGCUUUAACAACUUAAAAUUGCUGUGUUGUGUUGCCUUUACCUCUACUAUAUAGUGCCAAUCUUUACCAUGGCAUAACCAAAUUCCUAAAACGGUUCCAAAUUCUUCAUCUUGAUUAUGGAGGAACAACAGGGCCCCCAACACCGUGGCUACAGCAAUACCACAAUGCCUCUCUCAGAAACAGACGACUGCAAAUUAACUGAUUUCAUGGGAAAGAAGGGAGAGAAAGCCCAUGAGGAGGUACCUGUGGUCCAUCUUGAGAUGGUAGACAAGCGCAAGGAAACAGACCUCAAUGAAGCUAACUAUGCGUUCAUUUUCUUUCCUGAAAUCUCAAUCUUCUGAUGAGGAAGUGGAAGAAGAUGGUGAAACGAAAAAGAGGAAGAAGAAGGGCCUAAAAGACAAGAUCAAAGAAAAAAUAUCACGCACGACGGAAGAGGAUUGCACCAAUCCGAAGGAUACAUUUAUUGCCGCCAUGGAGGAAGGCUAUACAGAGGAAGAAAAUGGAGAAACAACCAACUCAGAAGAGAACAAAGGAUUUCUGGAGAAGAUCAAAGAAAAACUUUCCCCCCAGCACAAGAAGACUGAAGAGGUAACUGCAACUCCUGCUAACAAAGAACAUACUCCAGGAGGUGAGAUGAAAGAAAAGAAAGGUAUUUUGGAAAAAAUAAAGGAAAGGCUGCCUGGACACCACAAGACGGAUGUUGAGCCGAAAGAGAAAGAGAACUAAGG